UUCAAAUCGAGCCAAGGUUCGAAUAUAAUAAACUUAGGAUUGCAGAAGAAGAACUGUUUGUAAGUUUGUUCCUGAUUGGCACCAAUCGGACUGAGGAUAAUACAGUAAUGUAUUUUCUACCACAAGGAACUUCUGGAGAGAUUCAGAGAACAAGAUAUUCUUGGAGCUCUGUUUCUGAUGUGGGAUGUUUCCAGGAAACGUGUGUGUUUACAAGAGAUGCUUCAACAGAUGGGGUUAUUGUAUACCACAUGUCUAUUGAACGAACGUCUGGACAAGUUAGCAUCCAUGAAAUACAAAGAGUAAAUGAAGUCCGAUAUGCCCUUGAUGUUGAAAUAUUUAUGUACGCUUCUGCAAGACUAGUAGCCAUAGCAACUAAGGAAGACCAAUGGAUUUUUUGGUGGAAAAAACCCCUACUUGAGCUCUACCAGAAAGUGACUGAAAUUAAUAAGGGUUUUCAAUGGAAGCAGGUUCCUAUAGGUGGCUGCCAUUCGGAGCCGCUGUUGGUGCUUACCAGCGAGACUGGUAGGGGAAGCACACAACAAUCGGUGUUCAGGUUUGUCUUCAACAAAGACCUGUCUUCACUUCUUCCUAAGCUAGAAAGGUUCCACAAAGGUGAUGGUAUUCCAAUAUGCACGACUUGGAAAUUGUCUCGUGGUAGUGUACAGUACGACAAACUAAGAUUUCGCGAUCUCAACGCAGCUAAGGAAGAAUGUGUCGGACUGGCCACGUGUAGAGCGGUAGUAAGAGCGUCCUCUGGAGGUUUCUACCUUUCUUUCGACUACCACUAUCUACAGCUGGAUCGAUUUGCUCCGGACAUUGUUUAUACGAAACGAACUCAAUCAGGGUUUACUUGUCACUACGACAUUUGGAAUCCUCCAGCCAAGAACGGGAUGACUUCAUUUUUGAGUGGAAACUUUGAAAUAUUAGUGGUGCCUCAUGAGAGAUCCACCAUCAUGUACAGAUUUUGGUAUCAUUACAACGAGAUACCUAAUCCAAAAGUUGUAAGCCUUACUAAUAUGGAACAGUUAUUCCUUCAUCUAAAGAAAAAAUUAGAUAAACAAGAAGAACAAGCUCAAAUGAUUGAAUAUUACUUGAAAAACGCUGUCCGUCCUAGAGGAAACCAAGUGGUUCAAAGUCACGUUAUCUACAAUGACUUCUCUAGCGAAGGCUUUAUUGGUAACUUAAUCGGAAAUGAACAAACGUUACUAACAGUAAAAGAUGCCUCUUUAUUGGCCAAAAACAUUGAAGAGUUGGAAACUGAAAUAGACGAGUUGUAUUCAAAAUUAGAAGACGUCGUUCUAAGAAAUGCUCAAACCAGAACGUUUAUUGGAGGAACGAAAGUUUUCAAAGGGCAGAUUUUAGGUGAAGGGGUAGAAGGAAAAGAAAUAAAUCUUCACGGGUCAAAAGAUCUUUAUGUUCCAGAAAUGUUGGAAACAAUUUCUAGGAAAGAUCGGGAACCAGUAGUUGUGGGAGAUGUAUCUUUCGCGGGAAAAGUUCAUGUCCGAGGAAAUGUAGAGUUGGGUUGCAGUAUAAACGAGAUUGCUACACCAGAAUUACUCACCACUGACACAAAACAACAUAUUGACGGAACCUUGCAGUUCUUGUCACUUUUUCAGGCUAAGUCCAUCAUUUCCGUAAAUCGUAUCAACAACGUUCCUCUGAGGGAUAUCGUCCCGCUUGAGUGAAAUAGUAGACUUACUGGCCACAAAACG